CGUCGCUCCCCAAGCAGGAAGUGGGAUAUCAGGAGAUCCGGAAGAGAGCGGGCCUAAAAGGAAUGUUCCAUCACACCUCGAGGACUGUCAAGAGGUGCAUUAUUUUCACAUCUCAAAUAUAUAUUUUUGACUGCAGGAAAUUUUCAUAAAAAAUGUGGAAGGCAGCAGCAGGUCAGUCCGUCACCGUGGCGGUGGAUGAUGGAGGUGAUGACUGGGAGACAGAUCCAGACUUUGAGAAUGACGUUUCAGAGAAGGAACAGCGAUGGGGGGCCAAGACGGUGGAAGGCUCCGGUCACCAGGAACACAUUAAUAUCCACAAGCUGCGUGAGAACGUGUCAUCGGAGCACAGUGACCUGAGGCAGAAGGAGCAGGCCACCAUGCCCAAGGCCUCCGAUGGCUAUGGGGGCAAGUUUGGUGUGCAGCAGGACCGCAUGGACAAAUCUGCGGUGGGCCAUGAGUACCAGAGUAAGCUGUCCAAGCACUGCUCUCAGACAGACACAUCCAAAGGCUUCGGGGGGAAGUUUGGAGUGCAGGGCGACCGUGUCGACAAGUCCGCUGUCGGGUUUGACUAUGCCGGGAAGACUGAGAAACACGCAUCGCAGAAAGACUACUCCACAGGGUUUGGUGGGAAAUAUGGGGUGCAAGCAGACCGCGUGGACAAGACUGCAAUGGGCUUUGAAUACCAGGGCAAAACGGAGAAACAUGACUCCCAGAAAGAUUACACCAAAGGUUUUGGCGGGAAGUUCGGAGUGGAGACGGACAAGGUGGACAAGAGCGCCUUGGGCUUUGAGUACCAGGGUAAAACCGAGAAGCACGAGUCUCAGAAAGAUUACGUGAAGGGCUUUGGUGGCAAGUUUGGUGUGCAGACGGACAGACAGGACAAGUCGGCCCUGGGAUGGGACCACCAGGAGAAACUGCAGCUCCACGAGUCGCAGAAAGACUACUCUCAUGGGUUCGGAGGGAAGUUUGGCAUCCAGAUGGACCGAAUGGACAAGAGCGCAGGUAACUUUGAGGAUGUGGAGAAACCAAGCCCUGCCUACCAGAGGACCAAGCCUGUGGAAACUGCCGGCAGCAGCACGGGCAGCAUCAAGGCCCGCUUUGAGAACAUCGCCAAGCAGAAGGAGGAGGAGGACAAGAAACGGACGGAGGAGGAGAGAGCUCGCCGCCAGGCCAAGGAGAAGCAGGAGCAAGAGGAGGCGCGGCGCAAGAUAGAGGAGACAGCUAAGGCCAAGCCUCCCUCCCCGUCUCCCGAGCCCAGCCUUACCCUUAGUCCCACCCCUCCUGUCCAGAAAGCCGUACCUUUGCCUGCAGCUGCCGACCCAGUUUACCAGAGGAUGAAAAAGAAGGUAAAGUCCCAAAGAUUGAAAAUAUUCAUAGUUAAGGAGGAGUUUGAAUUGACCCGUGGGGUUAGGAGCUGUUUUCUGACUGUCUCCCUCGGGUGGCUGUGUCAGGACUCUGGUGUGUACGAGGAUCCUGCAGCAGAAGAGAAUGGGGAGGAGCUGUACGAGGCGGAGCCCACCUCCCGUUCCUCUGCUGAGCAGAUGUAUGAGGAGCCUCCCGUCCAGGAGGAGGCGCUCUACCAGAGUCCUGACGAGACAGGAGACGCCCAGACAUAUGAGUACGGUGAGGACUUGGGGGUAACGGCAGUAGCCCUGUAUGACUACCAAGCAGCUGGUGAUGACGAAAUCUCCUUCGACCCUGAUGACAUCAUCACGAACAUUGAGACUAUUGACGAGGGCUGGUGGAGGGGUGUGUGCCGGGGUGCCUACGGCCUCUUCCCAGCCAAUUACGUUGAGCUUCGGCAAUGAGCCCGCCCAUUACACCAAACAGUCUCUCCCCAUCCCUCCAUCUCUUCUAAAUCCACUCUUGCGCUCUGUCAUAUUGUUGAUCACGGUGCUUCUUUCAAGUGUGCUCGACAUUCUCAGGUCUUUCAGCUGUCCCAGUCUUUCUUCCUUUCUCUCUCUCUCUCUCUCUCCUCGGGAAGAGGCUUCAGGCUGAUCAAGGACUCAGAAUAAAAGGAGAAUCACUGACAACACUCACCCUGGCUCGGCUACGCAGUAGAGCAAGAGUAAGCGGGCGAGCCCAACUUUGACAGAAAGGCCUUUUUAUUGUUAAGCAAGUCAUCAGAAAAACACUACUCCCAUUAUAAUAUCUAGUUAUAUUCUUGAUUCUAUAAGAUGCCAGGCACUCUUGCUGCUUUGCCCCACUGGCACCUGUUAGUUAAUUUACUUAUAAAUUGAAAUGUUCCCUCGUUGACAUGUAUUCAAACUUCCAAGGUAUCGAUCGAGACCUGGCGGCUACAUUAUCACGCACAGUAUAGGUAUUACGAUCACCAAAGAUCGAGAUCAGAGGUGACGUAGAACUGAACACCAGGCUUUAUGUGCAUAUAGUGAAUUUGGGGUCCUCUUUUUAUGACUAUAUGAAGUAGCUUUUAGAACAAGCUUGGAACUAGUAUGAUGUCAAACACAACUGGACAUUUUUUAUCAUGUUUUGAUUAAAUAAUGCCACUUCCUGAAGUUGAUUGGGGAACUAGCACUUUGGAUCAGUUUUGUAAUAGUACAGACCAGUGGUGAAUUGAUUGCUGUGUAGCUGGUUCGGGGAGAGGUCUGACAGUGCAUUGUCUGAGCUGCGGCGAUUUCUUUCUCUUUGGAACUCUAUUGUUUGCUUUAGUUAGCAGAUAUCAGAUAAUGCCAAGAAACCGAAAUGGGAUUUCGGUUUUUGAGGUGUUGUUGAAAACGGGAUGUUUUGCCUGGGGUUACCCACAUUUUUGGUGUAAGGCCUGCAUUUUCUUAAUCAUGGGGCCAAUACGAUCACCGUAGAUGGUGUGAAUCUCUUUGCGUCUGGUCUCCACCUCUUCUCAUUGUCAUGAAAGACACCAGAAAGCAUUAGAAGAAAAUAAACGGUGUAAUUGUCUUGCUUUUUAUUCACCUGCCCAUAGUCCUGCGGUAGUUUGUAUCAGAUGGCAUGCUGAAAGUAAAUGAUGUACAGAAAGGUGUUUUUAUGAUGCGCUGAGAAAUAUAUUGGGUAGAGAAAGUACCAGGUUUUCGAAUCCCUGCCGUCGCUGUGUGUUCGAUGUGGACAAGACCUGUCUACAUCGGAAUAGAUUGGAGUCUGUCACGUGUUCUGUGUCAUGUCUGUUGCGUGUUCAUGUACUGUAUGUGGGACUUGGUAUAUUAUUAUGUCUGGGGCCACAUUGACAUCCUUAUCAUGACCAACAUGUGUACUAUUUGACUGAGUGACUGAAGAGUGAUAUUUAUUUAUAGGGGGCUAUAAGUACUAAAUAAGGCUCUGAAGCAAUAUUUGGCUAUAAGGGGAUUUUGACUGUGGUUGUUUCUAAAAGGCAGAGUGAUUUAUUUUAACCGAUGACAAUCUCACCCCAAUGUCACGGUGAUCUAAUGCAGUAGUGUAACUUCAGGUGUGUGGGGAUGGGAUCUCAUCAAAUCAAUUAUUUGAGGUUUUCUAAUAAAAAGUGACCAUUUUAUAUUUGUUUAUUUCUACUUGCUCAAGUCGCCACAUUAUCUGCUUGUUCUUUUUUUGUAAGUCAAUUGUUUGAAUAAACGUAUGGAUAGUA